GAAGCGUCCCUCGGCCUGGGGCUGCCGGGUGCGGGGCCGGCGGCGUGUCCCCACGCACAUCCACGCGCGCGCUCCUUCCCUCCCUCCCGCCUUCCCUCCCUCCCUCCCAUGCAGAGCGGCGCGCAGGCAGGCGAAGAUGGCAGUGUCUGUGAUCCAAGCGUGCCGCAGUCUGGCUCUCUCAACAUGGCUGCUUUCCUUUUGUUUCGUGCAUCUGCUCUGCUUGGAUUUCACCGUGGCCGAGAAGGAGGAGUGGUACACGGCCUUCGUCAACAUCACCUACCCCGAGGCCGGCGGCGGCGAGCUGCGCAGCGAGAAGAGCGAGUGCGGCCGCUACGGGGAACACUCGCCCAAGCAGGAUGCCCGGGGGCAGGUGGUGAUGACCGCCUCGGCCGCCGACCGGCAAGCCUGCGACCCCAACGCCAGAUUCCCCGCGCCGGGGCCCGGCAAGAGCUGGAUCGCGCUCAUCCCCAAAGGCAACUGCACUUUCAAGGAUAAGAUCCGGCACGCCGCCUCCCAGAACGCCUCGGCCGUGGUCAUCUACAACGUGGGCUCCAGCAACGCCAACGAGACCAUCACCAUGCCCCACGCAGGCUUUGCUGCUUUCAGUUUAUCGGAAAAUGAAUGA